ACACCGGUCGCCCGGCCCCACGGGGCGGUGUCGGCGGGAACGCCCCCUUCCUGGGCGCGCGGGGAGGCCGAGCCCCGGGCCUGCAGCCGGGGUUGCAGCCGACCCUGGUGGGACAUGGCCCGCUGCGGGGAGGGCGGCGCGGACUCCGGGGCACUCCUGGAGCCCCCAGGAGCCGGCACUAAGGGUUUGCACAGGAAGGGGCCCUGUGAGCGGCGCCGGCUGAAGGCUCUGCUGUCGGAGCAGCUGCGCCAGGAUCUCCUCAGGCUUCUAAGAGAAGAAAUUCAUACAGAUACUACGUUCUCUAUAGGUUGUACUUUGUUCAAAGCACACAAAGCAGUCCUUUUAGCAAGGAUUCCUGACUUCUAUUUUUAUACAGUUGAACAGAUAUCAAAUAAUCAAGCAAAUCAUGAUCCUGUUGUUAUAGAGAAUUUUGAAGUUUCAGAAUUUAGAACAUUUUUACAGGUUGUAUAUUCAUCAAACAGAAGCAUAAAGAGCUAUGAAGAGGAAAUUCUUAGGAAAAAGAUUUUAGAUAGUGGGGAACCACAAAAGAAACCAGAAUUCAGUUUUCAAAAGUUUAUGGAUAAUAAUGAAAGAUCAUCAUUAGAGUUCUUAGAUAAACAAUCACCUGACGAUAUCAGCGAUAGUGAGAACAGUGUAAUUUCCACUGAUAAAGACUUGGAAGCGGCAUCAGAAUUAGGAGAAGACUUAUUGAAACUGUACGUCAAACAGUGUUGUCCAGAUAUUAAUAUUUCUGUUGACGGAAAACAUUUUAAAGCUCACAGGGCCAUCCUAAGUGCCAGAUCUCGUUAUUUUGCUGCAAUGCUGAGUGGUUGUUGGGCUGAAAGCUCCCAAGAGUACAUUGCUCUUCAAGGUAUAAACCAUGUAGAAAUGGAUGUUAUGAUGCAGUUUUUAUAUGGAGGAACUUUGGACUUGCCAGACAAAGUUAAUGUUGGUUGCAUACUCAGUAUGGCUGAUAUGUUUGGAAUAGAUGGAUUAAAAGAAGUAGCAGUCUAUAUUUUAAGAAGAGAUUACUGUAAUUUCUUUCAGAAGCCUCUUAGAAAGUUGGAGCCUAUACUAGAAUGCUUGAUUAUUGCACAUUCAUUUGGAGUGGAAGGUCUUUUUGAUGACUGCAUGAAGUGGAUUAUAAAGCAUUUUGUAAGAUUUUGGUCUGAGAGAAGCUUUGCAAACAUACCUCCUGAUAUUCAGAAAAUUUGUCUUAGUACUUUGAUUCAGUCUUUGACUGAUAAGAAUGCAGCUUUUCUUCUGAUGGAAAGUGAGAAGCUAGUCAUCAGUUUACCCAGAGUGAAAUGGACAGAAGCAGCACUAACUAUGGCAUCUCAGCUUCAAGAAGAGUGCAUUGCAUUUAUCAUAGCAAACUUUUCCAAGAUCAUUCAAAGUGAACAUUUUGAUCUGUUCUUACAGUCGCAAGCAAUGAGCAGCACAGCUGAUCUACUGGUCAAGAUUUUAAAAGCAAUUGAAGAAAACAUUACCACUGAGAAUAGUUGCUCUUUCCUUAUGGCUCUGGACAUAUUACUGAACUCUGAUAAUACAAAGGAAAUGGGUUUUACGUGUAAGAUCCAGGCUCUGCGUGAUAAGCUCUGGAUCUUCCUGGUUCAGUCUUUCUAUGCUGUUCGUCACACAGAAAGCUGGAAGCUAAUGAGCACAGAUGAUCAACAGAAAAUCCAAGCAGCUGCAUUUGACAAAGGUGAUGAUCGAAAACUUGGCAAAAAACCCAUAUUCAGUAGCUCUAAGCAAAGGAAACAAAUUUCUGACUCUGGUGUAAUAAAAAAUACAUCUCAAAGAGAAAAUAACAAGAAAGAGUGUUGGCGUUCCCCCUCCACUAAUCGAAAGAUGAAAUCCGAUGGACCACUAGCAUCUGGACAUUCAUCAAGUACUAAUAGAAAUACUAUAAGUAAAAUUUUGAAGCAUGAUGAUACAAAGGAAAAAGAUAGUGGGAAAUCAGCAUCAAAGAUAACCAAAGAAUUAAAAACUGGGGGUAUAAAUGUUUCUGGAAACCCCAAAUCUAUUGUAAAGCCCAAAAUAGAAAACAAUAAUGUGAAGUCAGCAAACAUGCCACCUAAACAGGCUAUGGAAAGAUCAGCAAUAGCAGCAGCAGCAGCAAAUGGUCGGCAGAAAAUUUUGCUAAACGGAAAAGGAGUGAGAAAUCAGGAAAUGCAGGUAACAGGUGCCAGACCCAAGGUCCAAGGCACAGGGAACCUAACUAUACAUGCCCAUGCAAAGCCUUUGAAGAGAGGAAAGGACUCUCCAUGCCCUGGAAUCACAGAAACCACCAGCAGAUCUACAAAUGCAAGUUCGGAAUUCUUGGUUUCCACGGAGAGUUUGGAUGAGCCAAAAGAAACUGAAUCAGUAGGAGAGAAGCCAUCUGUCCAUAAACAGUUCUUUUGUGACCCUCCAGGACAGACAGUGAAAAACAAUUUAGAAAGCCUCAAAACUUCCACAAUAGCAGUAAAAUCUCGACCUGUUUCCAAAAUUGCCAGUGGAACACCUAAUAAAAGAAACAUUCAUGAACAAGAAACUAAUUUAAAUAAUGGUGUACUAAAGAAGAUCAUCAAAGGACACAGUGAUCCAGUACCACAUGCAAUUUUAAAGAAAAGAGGAACUGGCAAAGGAUAUGCUGUAACUCAGCCCAGGACAAAGAAUGGCCCAUCCAACCUUGUUAAAACUCAGGGAUCCCAAGGGGAAUCAUUCAGUUCAGUAAAAUCUUCGAUCUCUUCAAGGCAGUGUGAUGAAAAUGUGACAAAAUUGGACCACAGUCGAACUACAGAUAAACAAACACCCAAAAGAAAAACUGUCAAGCAAGAACAUACAACUUUGCCUAAGGCUAAUGCAAAAUUAGUUGUAAUGUCUAAAAAUCUAAGUCAAUCCAAAAAAAGUGAAACUUUGAAUAAUAAAGAUUCAAAACAGAAAAUGCUUCCUGGACAGGCAAAAACUCACAUUUCUUCUCAAAGACGUUUAAAAGGUGAAACAUCUGUUUCUCAGAGAAAUAUGCUUCAAGAGAUACAUAAUAAUAAUAAUAAAAACAAUACUUCUGAACAGAAGCCUCACAAACCUUCAGUGAGUCUCACUUCUGGAACCAGUGGUACAGAAACAUUUCUGCAGUCAGGCAGGCCAGACCCACAAAUGCCAUUAAAUAAUCAAAAGAAAGAGAAAUUAGUGUUAGAAAGUCAAAAUAUUCCAAAUCUGGAUAAAUCAAUAAAGUCUGAAUUAAAAUCGAAACAGAUUUGUUUAGAUAAGAGUGAGCCAAAAAUUUCUAAUCACCUUAUAGAAGAUCCUUGUGAUACCACUAACAAAGGAACACAUUAUCAUUCUGAUAGGAGUGGUAAUGUAGAUUCAAAUUUUUCUAGCACCACCUCACUAAAAGCCAUAGUUUCAAGUCCAAUUGAAAACUCCUGGAACUCUAAUCUAGUUUUUGGUUUAGAUUCAACAAAUGCAGAACAAAUAUAUUCGAUAUCAGACAGGGAGAAACAAGUGGGGAAGAAAGAUAUAAAUCAAAAAUCAAGCAUUAAGUGUGUAAAAAAUGUAUCAUCAUAUAUUCCUGAGAGGACAAAUGGUAUCUUAAGUUCUGUUCAAGACAACAGAAAAACUGUAAUUCAUGUAAAAGAACAAAGAAUUUCUAAUCACUUGUCUGAUAACUCUGCUCUAAAGGACAAUAAAUAUAUUACAGCAGGUACUAAUAUUUCUUCCAAGUGUUCUUCUGAACAAAUAUCAGGGGAAAAUUCUCCUAAAGACAUGGAAACAACAGAGACUCCAGAGAGCCAUGACCCUCCAUUCAUGAGUCACUGGAAUGUGAGUGCCAAUGUUCUACAUCAGGGAGAAAGCCCUGAAUCUGACACUGGCAGUGCUACAACAUCUUCGGAUGAUAUAAAGCCCAGGUCAGAAGACUAUGAUGCUGGAGGUUCUCAGGAUGAUGAUGGAUCAAAUGACAGAGGUGUUUCUAAAUGUGGCACCAUGUUGUGCCAUGAUUUUCUUGGAAGAAGUAGCAGUGACACUAGUACUCCUGAAGAGUUAAAAGCAUAUGAUAGUAAUUUAAGAAUUGAAGUGAAAAUGAAAAAACAAAGUAGCAAUGACCUCUUCCAAGUUAAUUCAACAAGUGAUGAGGAGCUUCCUCGGAAAAGGCCAGAUGUUUGGUCUCGACCAACACUGUUCCAUCCUAGAGAAAAAGAAAGUCUUCCACGAGGUAGUGUUCAGUUUGCUCAGGAAGUAGAUCAGAUUUCUUCUUCAGCAGAUGAGACAGAAGAUGAAAGGUCUGAAGCAGAAAACAUUACAGAACAUUUUUCUACAUCUCAUCAUGUUCCUCAGCAAUUUCAGGGAAUAAUUAAUUUAGCCUUUGAAGAUGCAGCGGAAAAUGAAAGUCGUGAAUUUUCUGCAACUAAAAUUUUUAAAAGGUCAGUUUUACUUUCAGUGGAUGAAUGUGAAGAAUUAGGAUCUGAUGAAGGGGAAGUUCAGACUCCUUCUCAACCUCCUGUAGAUUGUCUUUCACCGUCUGAUGUUUUUGACAACUUUGUCCAUGAGACUCAUGAAAGGACCAGAUAUUCGAAAGAAAAAGAAGUUGCUGACUUAGAAUGUAAACAAGAUAAAAGCAAUAGUGAAAGCACAUUCUGGGAUCACUCUAACACUGACCCUUCAAGAAAAGAAAGGCAAAGUACGUUAGCCAUAGAAAAAAAGAAUGCAGUGGAUGCCCUAUCCAAAGAAGGCAGACUAUUUCUUCCAGAAGAUAAGAAAGUAGUGGAAAUCGGUGGAAAUGAAGUGAAUAAUGACACUCAACAAUGUAACAAGCUCUUAGACGGUGACAUAAAAUCUCAAGAAAGACCAUGUCAUUUGGAGCUUCAUCAAAAAGAACCAAAUUCUGGCAUACCAAAGAACAACUCUACAAAAUCAAUAGACUCCUGCCAGAGUCAUAAUCUGCCUCAGGAAACCCAAGUGAAAGAGAGCCAUUCAACAGCUACCGAAAAAGCUAAUACUGCUUUAUCUGCAGGAGACAUAGAUGAUCGUGACACACUGGCACAAUCCUGCAUAUAUGGCCAUCGUCCUUCAAAGACCCUGUCUCCAAUUUAUGAGAUGGAUGUGAUUGAAGCAUUUGAGCAGAAAAUGGAAUCAGAAACACACGUGACAGACAUGGAUUUUGAAGAUGAUCAACAUUUUGCAAAGCAAGAUUGGACACUGCUAAAGCAGCUACUUUCUGAACAGAAUUCUAACUUAAAUAUUACAAAUUCUGUUCCUGAAGACUUAAAUUUAGCACAGUAUCUAAUCAAUCAGACACUACUUUUAGCACGUGACAACUCAAAACCUCAGGGUAAAGCACAUAUUGACACUUUGAGCAAAUGGAAUGAACUAACAUCUCCACUUGAUGAUUCCCCAGCAAGCAUCACCAUGGCGAGUUUUUCCUCCGAAGAUUGUUCACCCCAAGGGGAAUGGACAAUUCUGGAACUGGAAACUCAGCAUUAAAAGUAUUAACACUGGAAAAUUGUGAACUAUGACGCCCAUUAUUUUUUAAUAAUCAUAUCAAAAUAAUUGCAUUAGAGAUAAACUGUCCUGAGGCAGUCUUUAUAAUUUAUUAAAUAAACAUAGCUCAUUAACAUAUUACAUGUAGAAUAAAAUUUUUCUAAAAAUUUUGAGCAUGUUUUCUAUAAUUAUUAGCAUAAUUAGACAAUUUGUAAAAUAAACCUUGUUUAAGUUUUUCUUUCCUAGAUAGCCAUUUAUUCACUUUUCAUUCAAGAACUUAAAAUGUGAAUGCACAAAUAGGUCAGUUCCUUUGUUUUUGUUCUGCAUAUGGUAAGAUAGUAAUAUGAUAAUAAAAAAAACCUUCUUUGCUUGUG